UUUAAUUCCCUUUAUAACCUCUCUUCUCACCGUUCCCGCUUUCUCUCCCCACUUCGGCUCCGUUCCGUUUUCCUCACUUCCUUUCUCUCUGUUUCUCUCUCUCUCUCUCUCUCUCUCUCUCUCUCUCUCUCUGCCACCGCUCUUCUUUGAAAUUCCGAUUCAUUUCUUCCUUGUCUCGCCGUGAAAGGUGAGGAAGGCAGUUCUUACGGUAUUCGGAGAGGACAAUUCGUUGUGGAAUCGUUUUGGAAAAAGGUUUUGUUAGUUCCGGCAGUGAGAGUAUCUUGAAUUUGGAUCGGUGUUUGAUUUUUAAUGGCGUCGUCUAUGAUUCUAAAUCCUGUGGCGAGUUCUGAGCGAUCGCGUGAUUCGUCCAGAAAGAAGAAGAAGAAGAAAGCGGCGAGGGAAAAUGAUCGUCAAGGUCAGGAUCACAUCCAGUGGAAAUCACAAGCUCAGCAUCAAGUUUACUCUUCGAAGCUGUUGCGCGCCUUGAGUCAGGUCAGGAUCAGUUCUUCCGAGUCGGCACCAAACGAGACUCCGCGCCGCGGCCGAGCUGUGCGGGAGGCGUCUGAUACAGUUCUUGCCAUGACGGCGAAAGGAAGAAGUAGGUGGAGCAGAGCAAUCUUGACGAACCGUCUCAAGCUCAAGUUUCGAAAGCACAACCGGCAGAAGGCUCAUGCGACUGGAAACAGCCGAACGAAGAAGCCGCGAGUUAGCGUUUUCCGGUUGAGAGGAAAGGGAUUACCAACUUUACAGAGUAAAGCUCGGCUUCUCGGCCGGCUGGUCCCCGGCUGCAGAAAGCAACCGCUGCCGGUGAUUCUGGAUGAAGUAACCGAUUACAUACCCGCUCUGGAAAUGCAGAUCCGAGUCAUGAGCGCCAUAGUCAACUUGGUUUCAAGCUCUUCUUCUUCUUCUUCUUCUUCUUCUUCUGGUAUGGAUUCUUCCAUCUCCCCACCUUCUACCUGAUAAACACACUCUUUUGCACAUCAUGCCCGCGCACUUCUCUCAGCUUUCUUGCCAGAUUUCUCUCUCUACUCCCUCUCCUCCGCAAGUAAUUUCAUGUCAUACAUACAUAUAUAUAUAUAUCGAUUUCUUGCUAUAAUUUUACGAUUCUAGUUUGUGAAUCUUCAUAAAAGUAAAUUCAGAUCAUGUUCAUGUCGAUCUGUUAUGUUUAGAUUCCUUAUGAAGAAGUUCCAUUGAUCAAAUCACGAGUUUAUUCUCGUAAGCUCUUUUUCGUUUGCAAAA